GACGUACGCCUCUCGCUCUCGCGCAGCCUCGUCCUCCUCCUCUUCCUCUUCCUCCGCCUGCCGCUCGGGCUGAGUGACAAUAAUAGCGACGCGUCCGUCUGGAGUUUCGUGUCAACGGCGGGGGGCACUUUUCGGAAGGGUAGCCGGUCCGUGGCGACUUGGGUGUGAGCGGCCGUAACCCGGCGAGCGUGUAAAUGAAGCAGAAAUAAGAAAACCUCGCGUCGCUAAAGAGAAACUCGGCUUUUGCAGGGAGCUCUAGGGGGGGAAAGGCUCGGUUCCGAUGCUGAAUUCUGUGGAAAAGCGACAUCAAUACAAAGAUCCUAUUACGUACUGGGCCGGUAAGAAAAAUUGUGGGUGUGUUUUUAUUUUUUACCCAAAAGAAAAUAAGCGAAUAAACGACAUUUUAAAAAAGAAAAUCCGGGUGAUAUAGACUUGCACCCGUAACGCCGCCUUUAAAAAUAACGAUUUGUAGCGGGGAAAGUUUGUAGCCGAAAAAAAUGCAGACUUUGUUUAGUGCUGGGCGUCAGCCUACUGACCGCUUUAGAACCGGACCCCCGCCUGUUUAAAGGGACGAUCCGCCGAAAAAAAACAAUCCGAAUCGUGCAGUCAAACUUGGAUCCAUCUGUUGAGUGUUUUUAACUCAAUGUGCGAGAUCCCGACGGAGAUCUCUUGGAAGGCUGCUGCGCCCUUAAUUAUGUGUCUAUCGGCUCCUCUUGCGUGUUGGGUUAAGUGGGCGCCACUCGUUUACAUAUAAUUGUCAACAGAACGGGGCGAUUUCGUGCACCUUCUUAUUAUUCAUAUAUUGAUCUGAAUUGUAUUUGGAUAUAUAUUUUUUAAAAAGAUUGCUUUAAUUAAGUCGCAGAAUUUCCUUCCCUUCCCUCGACACAGGUCUCUCUCUGUCUAGCCGGACUGCGCAGAUCCGACAGGGAUUUCUUUUGUGUCCCGUCAACAGCUAGGUGCCUACGGAUUUUCUCGACCCCCUUUUCCACCAAAGACUGAUAAACGUGCCAUUGUCCCCGUAACCCUUGUGGAUUACCGAUCGAUCUGCCAUAUUUCUGGAUCUUCACAACUUUUCACCCGAGUGAAGAUUUUUAAAGCUGUUCUCGGACUAUCCAGACGACGAAGGCGCUGUGCAGGCGGUGUUACGGAUCUUCUCCACCUGCACAACUGCUAGCUGAGCAUCUACCGCUGCUUGUCUGGCUCCACAGGGCGAAGAGCGGCAUCAUACCCCGAUUAAGCUGGUUUUACCGCCGCGCACUGGCCCGUAAAUGACCACCGGCAGAAAUAAUCGCAUCAUGAUGGAAGGUGUAGGAGCAAGAGUGGUCAGGGGCCCGGACUGGAAAUGGGGGAAGCAGGACGGGGGAGAGGGCCACGUUGGCACGGUGCGGAGCUUCGAGAGUCCGGAGGAGGUGGUGGUAGUGUGGGACAACGGCACAGCGGCCAACUACCGCUGCUCCGGCGCCUACGACGUGCGGAUCUACGAUAGCGCACCGACCGGUAUCAAGCACGACGGGACCAUGUGUGACACCUGCCGCCAGCAGCCAAUCAUCGGCAUCCGCUGGAAGUGUGCAGAGUGCACCAACUACGACCUGUGCACCACCUGUUACCAUGGGGACAAGCACCACCUUCGCCACAGGUUCUACCGCAUCACAACGCCGGGAAGCGAGAGGGUUCUGCUGGAGUCCAGGCGGAAGUCCAAGAAGAUCACAGCGCGAGGUAUCUUCGCGGGAGGCCGCGUGGUGAGAGGUGUGGAUUGGCAGUGGGAAGACCAAGAUGGCGGCAAUGGGAGAAGGGGCAAAGUAACAGAGAUCCAGGACUGGAGUGCUGCCAGCCCGCACAGCGCCGCAUACGUCCUGUGGGACAAUGGAGCAAAGAACCUCUACAGAGUGGGCUUCGAGGGCAUGUCGGACUUGAAAUGUGUUCAGGAUGCCAAAGGGGGGACUUUUUACAGAGACCACUGCCCUGUUCUGGGUGAGCAAAACGGUAACCGGAACCCAGGUGGGCUGCAGAUCAGCGACCUAGUCAACAUUGACCUGGACCUAGAGAUCGUGCAGUCGCUGCAGCAUGGCCACGGCGGCUGGACUGACGGCAUGUUCGAGACCCUCACUACCACCGGCACCGUCUGCGGCAUCGACGAGGACCACGACAUCGUGGUGCAGUACCCAAGCGGAAACCGGUGGACGUUCAAUCCGGCUGUGCUGACGAAGGCCAAUGUGGUGCGCAGUGGCGAGUCGGCAGUGGGGGCCGAGGGCGGCAGCUCCCAGUUCAUGGUGGGCGACCUGGUGCAGAUCUGCUACGACAUCGACCGCAUCAAGCUGCUCCAGAGGGGCCACGGGGAGUGGGCCGAGGCCAUGCUUCCGACCCUGGGCAAGGUGGGUCGCGUCCAGCAGAUCUACUCCGACAACGACCUGAAGGUGGAGGUGUGUGGGACGUCUUGGACAUACAAUCCUGCCGCCGUCACCAAAGUGGCCCCUGCUGGUUCAGCUGUCAGCAACUCCUCCGGAGAGCGCUUGUCGCUGCUGCUGAAGAAGCUAUUCGAGACCCAAGAGUCAGGCGACAUCAACGAGGAACUUGUGAAGGCAGCGGCCAACGGAGACCUGACCAAGGUGGAGGACAUCAUGAGGAGGCCUGACGUGGAUGUGAAUGGGCAGUGUGCUGGCCAUACAGCUAUGCAGGCUGCCAGCCAGAACGGUCACGUGGAUGUCCUGAAGCUUCUACUGAAAUACAGCGUGGACCUGGAGGCUGAGGAUAAGGAUGGUGACCGCGCCGUGCACCACGCAGCCUUUGGGGACGAGGGCUCCGUCAUCGAGGUCCUCCAGCGGGGAGGCGCCGACCUGAAUGCCCGCAACAAGCGGCGUCAGACUCCGCUGCACAUCGCCGUCAACAAGGGCCACCUGCAGGUGGUUAAAACGCUGCUGGACCUGGGCUGCCACCCAAGCCUCCAGGAUUCUGAAGGAGACACGCCGCUCCACGACGCCAUCAGCAAGAAGAGGGAUGACAUGCUGUCGGUCCUGCUGGAGGCGGGCGCUGAUGUCACCAUCACCAACAACAAUGGCUUCAAUGCGCUGCACCACGCCGCUCUCCGCGGGAACCCCAGCGCCAUGCGCGUCCUGCUCUCCAAGCUGCCGCGGCCCUGGAUCGUGGAUGAGAAGAAGGACGACGGCUACACGGCGCUGCACCUAGCGGCCCUCAACAACCACGUGGAGGUGGCGGAGCUGCUGGUGCACCAGGGCAGCGCCAGCCUGGACAUUCAGAACGUCAACCAGCAGACCGCCCUGCACCUGGCAGUGGAGCGACAGCACACCCAGAUCGUCAGGCUGCUCGUACGGGCCGAGGCCAAGCUGGACGUCCAGGACAAGGACGGGGACACGCCGCUGCAUGAAGCCCUGCGUCACCACACGCUGUCCCAGCUGCGGCAGCUGCAGGACAUGCAGGACGUCAGCAAGGUGGAGCCCUGGGAGCCGUCGAAGAACACGCUGAUUAUGGGUCUGGGCACCCAGGGAGCCGAGAAAAAGAGCGCGGCCUCGAUCGCCUGCUUCCUGGCCGCCAACGGUGCCGAUCUCACCAUCCGUAACAAGAAGGGUCAGUCGCCGCUGGACCUGUGCCCCGACCCAAGCCUCUGCAAGGCUCUGGCCAAGUGCCACAAGGAAAAGAGCAGUGGCCAGGUGGGGUCGCGCAGCCCGUCACUAAACAGCACCUGCGAGACGCUGGAGGAGUGCAUGGUGUGCUCGGACAUGAAGCGCGACACGCUGUUCGGGCCCUGCGGCCACAUCGCCACCUGCUCGCUGUGUUCGCCGCGCGUCAAGAAGUGCCUCAUCUGCAAGGAGCAGGUCCAGUCGCGCACCAAGAUCGAAGAGUGCGUGGUCUGCUCGGAUAAGAAGGCAGCCGUUCUGUUUCAGCCAUGCGGCCACAUGUGUGCCUGUGAGAACUGCGCCAGCCUGAUGAAGAAGUGCGUGCAGUGUCGGGCCGUGGUGGAGCGCCGCACCCCUUUUGUUCUGUGCUGCGGAGGGAAAGGUAUGGAGGAGCAGGCCGCUGAUGAAGACAUUAGGGGUUCUAGCUCAAUGGCAGGGAGCUCGCAGGACCUGCUCCAGCCCAACAAUCUGGCCCUGAGUUGGUCCAGCGGAAACAUCGCUGCCCUGCAGAGAGACAAGGACAACACCAACGUCAACGCGGACGUGCAGAAGCUGCAGCAGCAGCUGCAGGACAUCAAAGAGCAGACCAUGUGCCCGGUGUGUCUGGACCGGCUGAAGAACAUGAUCUUCAUGUGCGGCCACGGCACCUGUCAGCUGUGCGGGGACCGCAUGAGCGAGUGUCCCAUCUGCCGGAAGGCCAUCGAACGCCGCAUCCUGCUGUAUUAGAGCGCCACCUCCUAGCUCUUGACGUUCCGUUCCCUCCCCUUCUCCACUGUUAACUGAAAACAAAUAUGUAAAAACGAAAAGCCUUCGAGUGUUACAGAGCCGAAAACCGCUCGGGAGUUUGGAAGUUUCUCUGAGCGUCCAUCUCUUAAGUGUUGUCCAGCAGGGGAGCCGCUGAGCAGGGGAAGCGAGUGUCCUGCUAACCUUUCCCUGCCUUUGGCAGCCGGCCUCCGCUCUCUUGCGACGGAUGCCAGUGUGGGCUUUGCUGUAGACGACCUCUUAUCCCAAGGUCACUGUUUCAUUAAAUUUUUUCGUUAUAUAUUGUUUAUAUAUUCUCUCCGAUUUGGGAACGUUUUAUUUGUAGUCAGCCAUUCUCUGAGAUUGUAGCUGCUGUAGUGAGUAAGCCUUCCAGUCCCAGCUUGCUAUAGUUAAAGUGCACUCUGGCUGCAGCUGUAAAACAAAAAAACAACAAAAAAAGGACGAUGUAACGCCACUAACGUAGAGUUUCAGGGCACUAAUAGACACCA